AUGGCAGCCAUUACUCCGUUACAAUCCAGCCUCUCCGCGCAAGCUUUUAUGAAACGCCCGCUUGACCUAGAAAUCGUCAACGGGAUAAAGGGUAACGCGCCUCCGGAAGUCAAGCAAAUGCCGUUGAAGUGGCUUAUGCUCUUUCGGCAGCGAGGGAAUAGUUUUGCGACUUCCGUCGCGCAGCGCUUGAGGGUUACGGAGGUGAAUAUUCUUCCAAGCCCGGAUGACUCAAAGAAACUGGAGGGGAAGGUGGUCUGCGAGGUCGAUGUAACGCCUGGUAUUUCUUGA